AUGGGACGAACAUUGACUUACCCCAAGGGCGUGUCCAACACCGCCAACAGAUAUAAACAUCGAGCAACGUAUGACCUGGGCCCAAUUCAUAGAAUCAUCAACGAUUCCCAAGUCCUCCAUGUAUCAUUCAACCCAGGUCCCGAGGACCCUUUCCCAGCCAUCAUCCCAAUGAUCGGCCAAAUGGGCUCAUUCGAAUAUCCUUCCGCCAGCAUCGACGAGCCUCUCGAAUGCUAUCUCCACGGAUACGUCAGCUCGCGCAUCAUGAAUCUUGCACGCAAGAGCGACAGCCAGGGCCUACCCAUCUGCGUGGCGACCAGCAAGGUAGACGGGUUGAUUUUGUCACUCACGCCCAACUCUCACAGCUACAACUACCGUUCCGCUAUCUUACAUGGCUAUGCUAGCCUCGUCACUGAUGAAGAGGAGAAACUCUGGGCCAUGAAAAUGAUUACGAACUCGGUUCUUGAGAAUCGGUGGGACCACUCGCGUGUGCCGCCUGACCGUGCAGAGAUGUCUUCUACUGUUAUCCUUAAGGUCAAGGUUGUUGAUGGCAGCGGCAAGAUUCGGGAUGGAGGUGUUUCCGACGAGCGCAAGGACUACGAUAACAAGCAGAUUACCAAUAAUGUCUGGACUGGUGUUGUUCCCGUCUGGGAGACCUUUGGAACUCCUAUUCCGAACGGUGAUGGUACGGUCUCUGAUGUGCCGGACUAUAUUACAUCCUACAUUGCCAAUAAGAAUUUGCAGAAUCGUGCCCUGGCGGAGGGUGCAGUGAAGGUUGCUCUGCCUGCUGAGGAGCAGCACUGA